AUACUACAAAAAUAUUUAGGAAGAAAUUAAAAAAAAAAUACUGAGUGAUUUUUAAACGCGUUAAGACGAGAACAAAUGCGUAUAUAUAACAAUUAAAAAUAAUUUGUAAAAUGUCCUUUUUAAUUAAAUAGCAAAAAAUCGUUAAAAAUUCAGUUCUUUAGCAAAUAUCGGAAAAAAAAAUUUCCAAGUGGUUAAAAAAAAUAAUUUCUUAAGAUAAGCAAUUUAAUAAAACUGCAAAUAAAAAUAAAAUCUCUGUGAAGAUGAAAGAUCUAAACAAAUUCUUUAAUCGACAUUAUAGUGCAGUAAAUUCGGAAGAUGAGCAGCAAGUAACGGGACAAACGAGUCCAGCGAUACUGCUGCAGCGUUCCAAUUUUGCAGAUAAUCAACGUCGUAAGAGUUUGAAUCCAAAUCGUUCGUUACUUUCAACUCCUGCGGGCAUUUUAAGCUCCUUUUUCAAUGAAAGAGAAAACAAUAAACGCGCACGUUCACCAAAAUGUGCCUUUUUGCUACUAGCCAUUGGAGUUUUAGCUAUAUCCACAGCAGUUCUAGUAAAAAUUUUCCAGCCUUAUGAUUUAAUUUUUAAAUGGAAACUGAUUAUGUCGGAGAAUGGUGAAAUAUUUAAUUUAUGGGCCAAGCCACCUGUAGAUUUGUACUGUAAAAUUUAUCUUUUCAAUGUAACGAACGCAGAUGCGUUCCUGGCAGGGCGAGAAAAAUUGAAUGUACAACAAGUUGGCCCUUAUGUAUAUAAAGAACUUAUGACACACGAAAAUAUCACAUUUAAUGAAAAUAAUACAAUGUCAACAAUUCCACAACAUCCACUUGUUUGGCAAGAACAUCUCUCCGAGGGUAAUAAGGAAGACGAUCCAGUGGUUAUGGUCAAUAUUGCAAUGCUGGCUAUUUCACAUAUAACAUCAAAGAAAACCAGCUUUCAUCGUUAUGGUUUAAAUAAAUUGUUAGAUUCUACGAAUUCAAAACCACUGGUUCGUAUGACUGCUAGGGAAUUCAUGUUUGAUUAUAAGUCUUCCUUAAUAACGAUAGGCAAUACAUUUUUAUCAAAUUGGAUAUAUUUUGAAAAAGUUGGUCUCAUCGAUAGAAUGUAUGAUUUUGGAGGCGAUUAUGAAACCUUUCAUACUGGAAUACCAGAUGUUAGCAUAUCUGGCCUUUACGCUACAUAUCGUGGUUCUGAAAAUUUAGCACAAUGGAAGGGUGAACAUUGUAGUAAUAUUGGUAAUGCUUCCGAUGGUACUAAGUUUAAGAGUUUCCUCCAACCGAACGACACAAUCAAAUUCUUUAGAAAGAGCAUGUGUAGACCCAUUAAUUUGCAUCGAGUUGGUGAGGAGAAAAAAUAUGGAAGCUUAACAGGAUAUAAAUAUGUUUUUGAGGAAAAUGCUUUCGAUAAUGGUGCAAUCAAUCCAGAUAAUAAAUGCUUCUGUCGACAAGGUAAAUGCCAACCAAGUGGCCUAAUUGAUGUCACCGAUUGUUAUUAUGGCUUCCCAAUUUCACUAAGUUAUCCACAUUUCAUGGAAGGUGAUCCUGAUCUGCAAAAUAACAUAACCGGUUUGACACCCAGCAAGGAAGCACAUUCAUCCCAAUUCAUAAUACAACCGCAAUCUGGAUUGCCACUAUCCAUCUCAGCUAAAAUACAAAUUAAUAUGCAUUUUAAUGAUUUGCGAAAUAUUAAGAAAGCUGAACGUUUCAGUUAUCUAACAGUUCCAAUGGUCUGGUUCGAUAUCAUGCUGCCUGAAUUGCCUGAGUCUUUGGAUAACCGCUUCAAUUUUUAUCUAAAUAUUUUGCCAUACCUCGAUAUUAUUGGAAUUUGGGGCAGUCUUGCACUAGGUGUCGUACUAUUAGUUUACGCUGUCACCCGCGCCACAUUGCGUAUUAGUAAAAUAUCGGAAAAUACAAAGUAUUGCAAAGCCAACAUAUUACAUAGUACAACAACACAGGACAAUAGUCAUCGUCCUAAUGGUAGCGUUUAUAAUCCUUGUGAAAUGGCACUCAUUGAAAUGAAUGAAAAGGAUGCUCUUAAACCGUUAUCAAAACAACAAAAGCACUUAAUCACACGCAGUGAUGAAGAGAAUAUAGCAGAUGCCGAUUAUGAAUUAUACAAUGAAAUCGAUAUGAAGAAACGUCGCCAAUCUUAUGCAUUAGACCUUGAGCCCGCUAUAUCUGAUACGGACGAGGGUAAUGAAAGUGAUGCUGGUACUUUCAGUCAUACCUCAACUACGAGUUCGAGUGUGGAUGAAAAUGAAUGCACAACCAAAUGUGUUAAAAAUGAUAAUCAGGGUACUCUGAGCUCCGACAGCAGUGGUUUUGCUCCCUCGAUUUCAAAUUUAAAUAACUCAGAUACACUUUUAAGCUGGCCGAUAUCUACCACUUCACCUCUAGCAGAUGUCGGUGCCAGUGAUAUAAGUUACAGCAACGAACUUGUUUCACGGCAUGAAGCAACUGAACAUCAUCCAAAAUCCUUAAACCCAACAUCAUCUUUUGUUGCAUCAACAUCAGCAUCGGCAUCGGCAUCAGCACCAGUACAAAGCAGAAGCACCAGUACAUUUGACGUUUGACUUCGCUUAUAGUUUUAUAUAAUUACAGUUAAUUUCCUUUGUUUAGUUAAACUUCAGUACUUAAAAGUAAAUCUAAGCAGUCUUCAUAUGCUCUUUCCUUUUGUAAUAAUGAGACCGGAUAGGUUCGCUUGAAUGCUAUCCCCUCGUACUCAAUAGCUGUUUAUAGCUGUUUUAGCUUUUUUCUCGGUUAGAAAGUAUUGUUCACUUUUUCUAUUUUGAUAAGGAAACGCUGUAAAUAUCAUUUAAGGCCAAUUUUUUAGCAUUUAUUACAUUUUGUUUAAUUGGCAAACCAGUUGCUGUGAUAGUAAGAAUCAUGUAUAUAAAUUCAUAAGAUAAUUACACCAUCAUUUGCGCCAAUUCUCUGUUACGCAUUCAACUAGUAAGGUAUUAAACUCAAAUAUUUUUAAAAACUUAAAAUAUUAAAUAUUAUUUUUUAACUUUAAUACUAUUGUGUUGAUUUGCGGUGUAAAGGAGCUUAUUUAUUAUUGUUGUGGGUUUUAUUUAAAAAGAACUUAGCUAUAGUAUAAUCCCUUCAUUUUAUAACUUUUUAUACUUAAUAUACGUACUCGAAGAAAUAUAU